AUGAGCCCUUCAACAAUUCCGAGAAAUUACCGUUCAAAUAACCUGUCACCUCGAAUGUCCGUUCGAAUGCUGUCUAGAUUCCGCGCGAUUACACAUUACUUGAAAUUACCUGAUUCCUACGAAGAUAGCAAGGGCUUGCCAUUCCGAAAAGAAGAUCUCAACCAAAGAGAGGUUAACCAGAUAUUUGGUGGAGGGCACCUCCCUGCUUCGUUGGCAAACAAGCUUCUUCGAAUUUUACAUGGUCGUCGAGUAGCAGGAACUCUAGAUGACCCGAAUCUUCGAACGAACACGGCCCAGUUCAGCGCUGCGGAUCAAAGGAAAGCAUUGGGAUAUCUACGUGCUAAUAUUCCCGUAGACGAGGUUAUUAAUGCUGGCCUACGAGCUGAGGACGAACUCAAAUACUUGGAACAAGAAGAUGAGAGUGGCGAACAGCAAACCGGAGAAAGUAGCCCGCAAGGCCCCUCUUCCGACACCGUAACGAAUGAAUACUUAACUCCAACCGGACGACUCCCGAAAAUAGAUAAAACCGAUUCACCUUAUGGAGUAAGUCCUCUCGACCGAAUUCGCGCCCAUAACAUUGCGAAACGCGAGGCGGAAGAGAAGAGGUUGGAGGAAGAACGGAAGAAGCGCGAGGAAGAGGAGGCGUCAAAGAACAUCGGCACUCUCCAGACUGAGCAGCAUAAGCCGAAAGAGUUGAGCCCGUUCGUGAAGAAGUGGGCAGCGCGCGCAUCAUCCGACCUCAAGGCACCUCCUGAAAUGAAGACCUGGGAACGUCUACUUCCACAAUUCGCUAUGACCAUUAUAGUCUUGGCGGGAUGCGUCGCGUAUGCUAUCAUGUAUACGCCGCCUAGACGAUCUGAAAGAUUGUGGCCGACUAUUCCGCCUGCAGCUGCAACUUGUCUUGCUAUCAUCGGAAUUAACUUGACAGUUUGGAUCGCCUGGAAAUUACCACCGCUAUGGGCACUCCUGAACCGAUACUUUAUAGUUAUUCCUGCGACACCACGGCCCCUCCAGUUGGUUGGAGCGAUUUUUUCUCAUCAUAACUUCAGCCACGUAGCCUUAAACAUGGUAGCGUUUUGGUUCUUCGGCAUUCGGCUUCACGACGAGAUUGGAAGGGGCAAUUUUCUCGCCUUGUGGUUUGCUUCUGGAACUUUAGGGUUCAUAAGUAGUCUGUCACGUUUAGUUCUCUCUGGGGGCUUAACAUAUACGACACUUGGGGCUUCGGGGGCGAUUUACGGAAUCAUCGGUGCGUAUUUCUGGCUACACAGGUACGACGAGUUUAAACUAUUUGGGUACCCCCCUGAUCCGAUGUCUGGCCCGCAGGGCUUAGCCUUUAUCGGCCUAAUAUUGGGUCUACAUGUGCUCCCCCUAUUCUCGAAGAGGGCACAUAACCUCGACAUUGCAUCGCAUUUAGGAGGUAUGUUAGCGGGCGUAGCCGGGGCGGACCUUGUCAAGAGACACAUGGAUGAGAAGGCGAGGGUUAGGGCCGAAAGGUUAAAGACUAUGGGCGCGCUGGAGAAGAUUGUUCAAGUAAAGGAGAAGGACUCCCAGGGGACGCUCCAAACGACUGUCGGGCGUUAA